CUCCUCCUCCUUCUCCUCUCGGCUCUGCUUCUCCACCGCCGCUGCUGUCGCUGCUGCUGCUGCUGCUGCUGCUUCUGAGGACAGACGCUCUCACUGCGGCGGAAACUUCUGCCAGGAGACGCGGGAAGGGCAAAGAAGGGAGUCUGAACCUGAGCCCCUAGAGAGACACAUCCAGGCUUUUUCCCACUUCUAUGAGGACUUCUCCAGAAUCCAUCACCAGUCAUUGACCAACACACUGAAGAGGCUGCAAUGUCCGUCUGAACUCACUGCUCCUCUUGCAGCCAUGGCCCAACAGAGUGCUCAGCUGUCCCACUGCUAGGCAACGGGGCAUCCGGGAGGGCAGGAGACAUGUUGGGACAGAGGCCCGGAAACCACUGCACUGAAUUUAGUUACUAUAGCUGUUACUGUAGUAACCAUGGAAAUGCUACGGAGGACUGGUCUGGUCUGCACUGUCAUCAUCAUCAUGUUUGUCACAGAGGUCGCAGGAGGUCACAGGAAUGAGUUUGCUCAGUCACAAGCUGCUUUCCUCUCCAGUCUAGGCCAGUAUGAGAUUGCUAUCCCAGUGCGUGUAGGGCCUAAUGGUGAGGCACUGGACACACCUCAACACCAACGAAGAAGACGCCGCAGUGCUGAAGACAGACCACCUGACUCACUCUUCUACCAGCUGUCCAUGCCACGCAACAACUUCCUGCUGAACCUGACGCUGCAGGGAGGCCUGCUCUCCCACCAGUUCAGGGUUGAGUACUGGAAGAGGGGUAGAUUAGCCUGGAGUCACCCUUACUCUCCCCAUUGCCACUACACAGGACACCUCCAAGACCAGCCGCUCUCCAGCAAAGUGGCCCUGAGCAACUGUGAUGGCCUGCAGGGGGUGAUUGUAGCAGGAGGAGAGGAGUACCUGAUCGAACCUCUCGUCUCAUCAGAUAACCAGACCAGGACAGAGAGGGCAGAGGAGCGCCCCCAUGUGGUUUAUAAACGCUCAUCGCUUCGCCAUCAGUACAAGGGCCAAUCGUGUGGAGUCAUUGAUGAAAAGCCGAUGAAAGGAGCGUCUUGGUGGCAGCGAACACUGAAAACACCUCCCCAUCACGUCGGCCGCGGCCAGCUGCCUCUGAAGCGCUCAGUUAGCCGGGAGCGCUACGUGGAGACGCUGGUGGUCGCUGAUAAGAUGAUGGUGGGUUACCACGGCCGCAGGGACAUCGAGCAGUACAUCCUGGCUGUCAUGAAUAUUGUUGCCAAACUGUUCCAGGAUUCUAGCCUGGGGAAUGCAGUCAACAUUGUAGUGACACGGCUCAUCCUGCUCAUGGAAGACCAGCCAACACUGGAGAUCAACCACCAUGCAGGGAAGUCUUUAGACAGUUUCUGUAAGUGGCAGAAAACCAUCCAACACCGCAGCAGCUAUGGAAACGCCAUACCAGACAAUGGGAUUGCUCACCACGACACCGCUGUGCUCAUCACCAGAUAUGACAUCUGCAUCCAAAAAAACAAGCCCUGCGAAACCCUAGGUCUGGCUCCUGUGGGAGGGAUGUGUGAACCGGAGAGAAGCUGCAGUAUCAAUGAGGACAUUGGCCUCGGAACAGCGUUUACUAUUGCCCAUGAGAUCGGACACACGUUUGGGAUGAACCAUGACGGUAUGGGGAACGCAUGUGGCCCUCGCAGCCAGGAGACCGCCAAGCUGAUGGCCGACCACAUCACCAUGAAGACAAACCCGUUCAUCUGGUCGGCAUGUAGCCGGGAUUACAUCACCAGCUUCCUGGACUCUGGAAUGGGAUCGUGUCUGAACAACGUCCCACCAAAGCAGGAGUUUGUGUAUCCCACCACAGCUCCUGGUCAGGCCUACGACGCUGACGAACAGUGCCGCUUCCAGUACGGAGUCAGAUCUCGACAGUGUAAAUAUUCGGAAGUCUGCAGUGAGCUGUGGUGCAUGAGUAAGAGCAACCGUUGCAUCACCAGCAGCAUUCCUGCUGCAGAGGGAACCAUCUGUCAGACCAACACAAUAGAGAAAGGGUGGUGCUAUAAGAGGAUGUGUGUGGCAUAUGGGACUCGUCCGGAGGGCGUGGACGGAGGCUGGGGGUUGUGGUCACCCUGGGAGGAGUGCAGCAGGACGUGUGGAGGUGGAGUCUCUUCCUCUAUCAGACACUGUGACAGUCCCAGGCCAACCAUUGGUGGAAAGUACUGUCUCGGCGAGAGAAAGCGUUUCAGGUCCUGCAAUAUUGACGAGUGCCCCACUGGAUCUCAUGAUUUCAGGGAGAUUCAGUGCUCCAACUUUGACAGUGUUCCUUUCCGGGGAAAAUUUUACACCUGGAGGCCAUACAGAGGGGGUGGGGUGAAGCCCUGCUCUCUAAACUGUCUGGCAGAAGGUUAUAACUUCUACACGGAGCGUGCUCCAGCUGUGGUGGAUGGUACACCCUGCAGAGAUGACUCCCUGGAUGUGUGUGUAAAUGGAGAGUGCAAGCACGUCGGCUGCGAUCGCAUCCUCGGAUCGGACGUACGUGAGGACCGCUGUCGGAUCUGUGGGGCUGACGGGAGCAGCUGCUUGAGUGUUGAGGGACUCUUCAACGACUCGCUUCCUGAAGGGGGUUAUGAAGAAGUGGUCCGAAUUCCCAAAGGUUCAGUGUUCAUCCACAUACAGGAGCUCAACAUCUCCCUCAACUACCUUGUGCUAAAGAGUAAAGGUGACCAGUAUUAUAUCAAUGGGAAGCUGACCAUUGACACACCACGCAGGUUCGAUAUAGCUGGUACCAUAUUCCACUACAGGCGUCCCACUGAUGGGCCAGAAACUCUUGAAGCUCUGGGGCCAACAAACAUAACACUUAUUGUCAUGGUGCUGGUGAGGGAGGAGAACCCAGGGAUCCACUAUCGUUUCAACCCCCCACUCAACAGGGAACCUCUGAAUGGUUUUGCCUGGCAUUACACGUCCUGGUCACGCUGCUCCGCUCUCUGUGCAGGAGGUGUGCAGAUCCAGCAGGUGGUGUGUAGGAAGCAGUCCGAUCAUUCAGUCGCCUUCAACCACUUCUGUGACAAGAAGAACAAACCAAAAGAGAAGAAGAGAUCCUGCAAUACUGAGCCAUGCUCCCCAUCCUGGUGGACAGGAGAGUGGUCGGAGUGCAGUCGCAGCUGUAACGGCGGCCUGCAGACUCGAGAGGUUUUAUGUAAAAGGAGGAUUUCUGUGACGGAGGAGAAAGUCCUGGAUGACGCAACCUGUUCCACUCCACGUCCCUCACUCACUGAGCCGUGCAGCAACCACAGCUGCCCCCCCGAAUGGCUGGCCCUGGACUGGUCAGAGUGUACGCCCAGUUGUGGUCCUGGCUUCAGGCACCGCUUGGUCUUGUGUAAGAGCGGGGAGAGUGGCGACACGCUGCCUGAGUCCAAGUGCCCCAAGUAUGGCAGACCCACCUCCAGGGUGCGCUGUAACCUGAAGCGCUGCCCUCCCCCUCAGUGGGUGACCGGUCCCUGGGGAGAGUGUUCUGCCAAGUGUGGCCUCGGUCAGGAGAUGCGUUCAGUUCAGUGUCUGACCCACAAUGGUCAGCCGUCCGCUGAGUGUAUGGAGCAUCAGCGACCAGCAGCCAUGCAGCAGUGCAAGAGCAAAUGUGACCUCAGUCUGCCCAUCAGCACAGACAAUCCCGAAGAGUGCAAAGAUGUGAACACCGUGGCCUACUGCCCCCUGGUGCUCAGGUUCAAGUUCUGCAGCCGGCCAUAUUUCAGACAAAUGUGCUGCAAGACGUGCCAGGGACACUGACAGCGUCCGUCCUCGUCUCCUGAACACACUCACUCACUCACUCACUCACUCACUCACUCACUCACAGUAAGCCUGAAACCGUCCCACUGAGCCGUGUCCCAGUAGCAGCAGCAGCAGCACCCACGCUGCCUCUCUCAGAGGAGUGGGCCUGUCAGACUGUCCUGGUCCUGGAUCUGGUCAGGGGAGACCAUUUUCAGCCAGAAUCCAGAUGCCUCACUGGGCCUAAACAGCCUGGGUGCAGUUUAUACAUUCCACUGGAGACAGGGCUUCUCAAACCUGGAGAGGCAGAGAGAGGGAGAGGUUGAACCCUCUGUCUGUCUGUCUCUCUCUC